AUGAAGAUUCGGAUGUUAUCUCGGAACCCUGCUGAUUAUUUACGAGAGACAGCAGAUGACAUAUUCAAAAUGCCUCGCAACCACUCUGUCACGGAACAUCCUUUCGCUGCGGAGAGGGAAUAUGUUAGAGCUCUAAAUUCAGCCAAACUUUCGCGUAUGAUGGCGAAGCCUUUCAUCGGCUGUCUUGAGGGCACCACAGAUACAAUGACUGUCAUGUCACUAAACACAGAAAAAGUUGGCUUAGCUGUUUUUGGUACUGCGGAUGGAAAGAUUCAAUAUUGGGACAUCGCAGGUCGGAAGCUUGCGUAUGAAGCUCCAGCUCACGCUGGUGAAGUACGAGGUGUCUGUCAAUAUGAUAAAUCUCAACUAAUGUAUUCAUGUGGUUUGGAUGGUCAGUUGAAACAGUGGCGCAUGGAUCAUAGCAACAUUGAGGCGGCGUGGUCAAAACCGCUGAAUACAGUGCUCCUUGACUCUACACCACUCAGUCUCGACCAUCACCCUUCAAUGGACGCGUUUCUCGUUGGUAGCCCCGAAUCCUGCUUCCUCUACCACUCCACACGUAUGGAUGUUCCCGUUCGUGAGUGGACUUGGGGUCGGGAGGCCAUACACCAGGCUACUUUUAACCCAGUGGAACACAAUCUCGUUGGAAUUUUAACCAAGGAUAAUUCCAUUAUUCUGGCAGACACGCGGGAAGAUAGUCCCUUGAGAAAAUUGAAAAUGAACCUCAAAUUGAAUUCCUUCUCGUGGAAUCCAAUGGAGCCGUAUGUUUUUACCGCUGCUUCUGAGGACUACAAUCUCUACACAUACGAUUGUCGCUUCUUCAAGCAUCCAAAGAGGGUGUAUAUGGGUCACACAAAUGCCGUCAUGGCCGUGGAUUACUCCCCGUCUGGUAGAGAAUUCGCUUCGGGUUGUUACGAUGGGACUAUACGCCUAUGGAACGUUGAGCAGACCUCCUCCGUAGACGUCUACCACACACGGCGCAUGAAGCGCGUGCUGAAGGUGAGGUUUACACUUGAUGGUCGCUUCCUUCUCUCCUCCUCGACGGAUCAGAAUGUGCGUCUGUGGAAGGCACACGCGUCGGAGAAACUGGGCCCCAUGAAGCCGCGGGAGCGCGAGUCUCUGGCCACAGCAGAAGCACUGCGGGAGAAAUACAAAGAGCACCCAGAAGUGCGACGCAUCCUUCGCAACCGCCACGUACCCAAGUCCAUCUAUGUGGCAACGAAGGAGCAUCGCAUCAUCCGCGCCAAGGAGAAAAGGAAGCUGCGCAAUGUGCGCGUCUUUAACCACUCCGAUGUCCCUGUGUUGCCGGAGAGGGAGAAACACACUGCUUCACUGUACAAAUAG